GUCAAGACCCGAUCACCCGAUUCUCUACGUUUAUAAACACACUAAGUGUCGUCGUUGUCAUCAGUCGUUCAUGAUCCGUGGAGAAUGUAAAGUAUAGCAACGGAUAGAUCGUCCGAACAGUAUAUUGGUUGCAUUUGAUCGAGAAAAUUAAGAAGAAGCGAUUCCUUGACUCAUCUAAUUAUCGCCGAUCGGUAAUUAUCUUUAAUUACAGAUGAUAUUCGAUCAAAUCGAAAGAUAUCCUAUGAAAAUUAUCUGAAAGAACUCAGCGAGUGAGAGACUUCAUGUAAACAUGGGUAUGAUAUGCUAUUUCUUGUCAAGUAGCGCUUUCAUAUUAACUAUUGUGACGGCACCAUUAGUUAUAAACUUAAAGAGAGAUGUUGGGGAUUGCGAGUUCGCUUCACGCAGAGGUCGAUUAGAUGUUAAUGUAACGGAACCAAAGGCUUACGAAAUCAAUUUUGUUCUAAGACCUGGUUUCGAUGGAUUUUUUGGUUCGUGCAAUAUAUGGAUACAAGUUCAUCAGAGUACGAAGACAAUAAGUGUUUAUGCUUAUAAAAUGGAGAUAUAUAUACAAUUCAUACAACUGAGAACGGCAAAUAUAAAGACAAGCAAGAUCUCUCCCGUAAAAUAUCAGUAUUGCAACGCAUCACAGAUACUAUACUUGCAUUUCGAAAAUUACAUCACUCCUGCGCAUUAUAAUCUAUACUUUUCUUUAUACGUGCCAAUGGAACGUAACGCAUUUAAAGGCCUUGUCCAGUUUCGUCAAGAAAAACAUUCUUCGAGAAAAUCUGAAAAGUGGUUUAUGACGAAUUUGUUUGAAUCAAACUCAGUGAGAAGAAUAUUUCCAUGUUGGGACGAACCGGGAAUGAAAGCACCCUUCAAUAUUUCAAUCAUCCAUCCUAAGGAAUAUAUUAUUUUAUCGAACACGCCAAUAGUGUCAGAAAUGUCUGAUGCGUUAGUGAAACAUACAUAUUUUGACGUCAGUCCGUUGAUAGCCCCUUCUGAAGUGGCGUUUGUCAUGUUCAAAACAUCUCGUGAAUUUAUAACGCACAACUUCCUUAAUGAGCGACGAAAGGAAAUCUUCUGGAUUCGUCGGAAAAGAAGAGGACUACUUACAUUAUUCUUGUCUCUGAUUAAUAUAGUGAAGACAACCUUGUUUAGUACGAAUAUAAACUUAACUAUACUUCCAAAAACGGACUACGUGGUGUAUUCCGAGCUCCCAGUGAAGUCUGCAAGUUCUGUUGGACUGUCUAUUUACAGAGAACAGAACGUUAUUUAUAAUGAAACCCUUCAUUUUCCUGGUCGCCAACUUGAAAUACUGAAAUUUGUUGCACGGCAAGAAACAUUUCAAUACUUUAGUGAAUUGGGCAUCUCAUCGCCGUGGUUACGAGAGUCAUUGGCGAUGUAUUUUAGUCAUUAUUUUUCAAUUGAGCCUUACCACUCUUCACAUUUAAAGGAUCUUUUUACAGUGCAGAUCCUACAGCCUAUUCUCUAUUAUGACACUGCUCUGCGAAUGAAGUCUGUUAUACACGAAAGUAAUAAAACUGAUGCAAUUGACGAAUUUCUUUAUUCUCGUCUGAAUGCCUAUAAAGGGUCUAUUAUACUACGCAUGCUGGAACAUGUGGUCACCCCAAACGUUUUUCAUGAAAAAAUCUGGCAGUACAUAAAUAGAUUAAUGUCUCGGCCUGUCGAGAAAAACUUCUGGGACGUUGUGGAAGCUUUUGAAAAAGAGAGAGAUAUCCGCAAUUUAUCAUACGCAAUAAAUGGCUGGUUACGACAAAAACAUUUUCCUGAAUUAUAUGUUACUCUUGAUAAUAUAACAGUGGAUAUUGAAGCAAUUUGUUACAACAAUACCAAAUGGGAUAUACCUUUUAAUAUUCUAUCAAUUUCAAAUCAGGGUAACGUAAUAAUGUCAGAUAAUAUUACUUGGAUUGAAUGUCCUGGAUUUAUAGCUGUAUUAGAUUUUGAGGACAUUAACUUCGCCAUAGUCAACUUGCAACAAUUUGGAUUUUAUCGUGUCAAUUACGAUAUUAGAAUAUGGACAAGAAUUACAAGUUAUUUGCAAUAUGAAGAUUAUACAAGCAUACCUGUACAAAAUAGAGCUCAACUUAUUGAUGACGCGUAUCACUAUGUGAUUAGUGGUAAAUUAUCGGUGUCUAUAUUUCUUAAUCUCAUUACAUAUCUGAAACGAGAAACGCAUUACGUACCUUGGUAUACUAUGUUCAAUAUUUUGUCGUACAUGUCCACUUAUAUGAGGCUCCCAAGUAGUAAAAGUAUCAAGGUGGUUAUAUUAGAUAGUUUGGAUAGUCUUCUUACAAAUAUAGGAUAUGAAGAACGUAUUGAAGACGAUGAGAUGACAAACUCAUUAAGAUUAUUAGCAUCAAGAUGGGCUUGUGAACUGGGUCAUAUGAAAUGCCACCAAGUUGCUGCUUCAAAAUUAAUUGAGGAAUUAGGAUCUUCUCCGAAACAGAUGAAUUUACCUUGGUGGAAGGACUGGGUAUACUGUAUGGGUAUGAAGGAAAUAAAAAGUACUACUUGGCAUUCGUUAUUUUCUAAAUUCCUUAGAAUACAAGAUACAGAUGCAUUCAAAUACUUGGCUUGUACUGAUAAUGAUACGCUCCUUAUUUAUUACAUGGAUAAGCUUACGAAAGAUGAACGUAUAAUGAAUUUAAUUGGAGUGGAGGAGCUUCCAAUACAUUAUCGCUCUAUUUUAAAGAGACAUUUGAGAAAAAAUUCCAUAUUCGAAAAUGUUUUAAAAAAUUUCAAUAAUACAUUAAAUGGAGUUUAUGAAAUGCGCAAUUUUAAUAUUCUAUGUGGCGAUAUUAUUUUUAAUCUGCAUCCAGCACAAAUUGAACAGAUGGUUAAGUUUUCAAGUCAUAUCUUUGACGAGAUUUCAACAGAGCGAAGUACAAUUAAAAAAUUUGCAAAUGUGCGUUUUCACCAAAUAAUAGAUUUAAAGGAUAAAUUCACUUCUUUUUAAAACAAAAAAAAUUCAAGCAGUUUCUGUCUCCAAAAUUGUUUGAUGCGAGAUAAAUGAAU